GAGAUGUGAUUGGCUGGCUGGCUGGCUGCCUCGUGUGAACGAGUGAUGGGCUGUGGGCGUGAGUGCGUUGGGCAGCACCCCUGUAUCUGCAGGGCUUGACAUUCAUUACCUCCGCUUCUCUUGCUUUCACCUCCCUCGCAAUCGCACUCCCCGCACUCCUCGCACUCCUCACCAUUCCCACUCACGCUCACGCGCCCCAGGAAAGAUGAGUCAUUCUCAUUCUGCAGCCAGUUUGGCAAAAGCGAUUCGUCGUGCCCUAUCAGGCUCCUCUUCCAGCGGUGCCAUUCCCAUCACCGACGUGUAUGCCGCUCUGAGCGACGACGAAGCAAGCGGCCACAUCUUUGCCGAGCUUGUCCUGCUCUCUGCGCCCCCUCGAUGGAGCGCCAUCGCAGUGGACGGUGAUGCCGCCGCCGCCGCCGCCGGUCACGCUACCCUGGGCGUCACGCUCAACCUCGCAACUGGACAGCUCACGUCGCUGCAGAGCGAGUGGCACAAUGCCGACCUCGCGCUGCCCGAUGCUGUCGGUACGAUGCGACGCUGGCCGAUUGGUGCACGUGCACAAGCAGAGGCUGCUGCGGCACCAUCACCGUCACCGUCCAGCAACGCCGACUUGCUCCAUCUCGUGCACUUUUGGUGGGGCGCAUCGUUGUACAUUCCUGCCGCUGCCGCUGCCGUUGCCCCCGCCGCUCUGCCUGCAGCCUCCUCUUCGUACCCCCAGCUGGAACUGGCUGGCCUGGAAAAAGCCUUUGCAGCCGUCGACUUGCCUCGCGCCCUCUGCAUCGCCUUUGCUCUCCGUCUGCGCACACUUCGCGCAUCCUCGAGCCACGCUGCGGCGAUCCUCAGCUCGACCGCUCUGGCCCCGCUGGCCAUCCAAUCGCGCGCUUGGGACGCCAGCGAGCCCAGCUUACCAGCUGACCUCGCUUCGCCCUUCUCCCUGCGCCCAACGGUCGCCGCAUCGCAGCCACAUCGCGCGGCAUCUACUCGCCGCGCAUUGCCCCUGUUCAGGUCGCGCAAGAUCUCUGCACCUGCCAAGUACGUCAUCAAGGACGCCGCUGCGAGCGAGCCGACGACGACAACGACGACGACGCCCUCCGCCUCCUCCUCCUCAUCUCCUACAGAAGUGACUUCGACGUCCACUAGCAACUCUGGCAGCGCUGUCGCAACAGCCAUCGGUCCCAAGAGCGCCGCUGCUGCCACCUCGUCCAACUCGCCCAACAGCGGCAAGCCGCAAGAUGGCGGCGCUUCUGGAGGAGAUGCAAGCCCGUCCACCACGCCCAGCGAGAGGACGCGAACGGCGAUUCACAUCUUCUCCCUGGGAUCUCUGCGUCUCAACCUGUUCGGAUGGGUGAACAAGGAGAGGUUGGGAGGAUCGCCGCCGCCGCACAAAGACGCAUCAUCGUGCAGCUCGUCGCCUGCCAAUGCCGUCUGCGGUGGUGCAGUCGUCGUAGCGGUGCCUGGAUCCAGCGCCAGCGCCAGCUACUCGGCUGCAGCGGGACAGCAAACCAGCACGGAAGCGGAGGCAGAGCAGGGGACCAAGGGUCAAGGCGAUGCUGCCGAUGACGACGACGACAACGAGGCUGGUGGUGGUCAAGGUGGUGCGCCAGCUUCCGGCACGCCCACGCCCUCGGCCGCACGCUUCAAGCGCUUCUCGAGCCAAGGUCAGAUUCAGCAGACGUUUGUCGACGCGGACGCGUCGCCCAAGCUGGAUGCUGUUGCAGAGGAGAGUGAUGGUGGCAUGGUGACUCGCACGACUGUGACCACGGUGACGACGACGGAUGUGCAUCGCAUGACUGCGCACGAAGCUCGAAAGAGCGGAGCCAAUGCGGCCCCUAGCAUCGCAGCAGAGCCCACACAACCCUCGGUCGUAGCAUCAGCUGCCUAAGAUGACGUCACGCCUGUAUUCAAGUCGCGAGCUGAUUGAUGCUUGAUCGACGUGUAACGACGACUGAUGACCGCGAUGUGAUAAUGUCGCUCUCGAAUGCUACCAUAU